GAGGACCUCGUGGUUCGACGCUGUCCCACCGUAAGGAAACUUGACGUGCACCGCCAUGCAUUCGAGGCCGAAAUCCCGGGUGUCCCGGCUUGCCCGGGACACAACGGUCAGUAGGCAGGCCGUGCGAGAGAAGAUUCACAGGGAGUUCGAGGCCUUGUCGGUCGCCGCCCUCCAGUCGCGGUCUGUGGCGGUGGAGCCGCUGCCGCCGAUGCCGAGGGUGCCCAAGUCCAAAAAGGUGGACGGCAUGCGUCUCCUCGUCCUGUUCACGCGCACGAUAGGGCUGUGCCCCGUGUACCGGGAGAGCGUCUCGUCCAGGGUGCCGCUGACGCCGACGUCCCCGCCGGGCGACGACGAGGUCCCGCGCACCAACGGCCUGCCCCAGUACAAGCCGUCGCUGGCGUGGACCGCGUACUCGUGUCUCCUGUUUCUGGCCCUAAUGGUCAUCGACGGAUUCCUGUGCUUCGAAGGGCUCAGGGCCCUCAGGGACCCGGACAUCGCCACGGGGCUGAUCAACGUGAUGAGCGCGGUGGCGUACGCGGCGUCCUUCCUGAGCGCCGUGGCCAUGGUGGCGGGCGCCGUGCGCAAGUACCGCCUGCUGCCCCGCCUGCUCAACUGGCCCGUGUGCCCGGGCGCCAUCGCGCACCCCACGCCCAAGACGUUGCUCUACUUCUUCGGCCCCUACGCCGUCGCAUACGUCUACACCGACUACGGUUUCGUGAUGAGAGAGCCGAGCACCGCCAUCCUGCUGCUGGUCGUCAUCACCGGCCUCUUGGAGCGCUUCAACCUCAUGUUCCUGGCGGGGCGCGCGCGCCUGUGCUUCGCCGCCGUCAACGAGGAGCUGAGGCAGCUGGGCAGCUUGUUCCGGGACCGCAUGCGCCUGCACUACGUGCCGGACGCGGCGGCCAAGAUAGCGCAGCUGCGCGUCCAGCACGCGGGGAUCGCCACUUACGCCGAACUGUUGAACACGGCCUACGAGCUGCAGAUCGCCGGCAUCCUCCUCUACGACUUCGGGACAACCGUUCUCACGAGUUAUCAGUUCAUCGUCUUCCUGUCCCGAGGUGAUCAGCCGACAGACGAACGACAAGAGGCGACCGUCUUAUUUUUCAAUACCAUGUACAGCGCGGUAUCCACCGUCUCCCUCUGCCAGGCGUGUUACUGGAUGCACAGGCUGGGCAUGCAGACGCACGCCUUGGUUCACAAAGCCCUCAGCAACAUAGCGAUUAGUGAAGAGGAAAGUCUUCAGCUGACCAUCUUUUCCAUGCAGCUGAUGCACCAGAAAUUCAAUAUGUCACCGCUUGGCAUAUUCAUUCUGGAUAACUCGCUUCUGGCCUCGUUGAGCCUGGGAGUGGUCAUGUACGUCCUGGUGCUGUUCCAGUUUGGCUCUCCAGCCACUGGUCCCGUCCCCACCACCCCUACGCCUUUGAACUCGACGCUCGACUCGACGCUCGACCCGACGUUCUGACCAACAGCGGCUGACGCGCUCGACGAGCUUCAUGCCCCUUACUCACGUUGCUGCAG